AUGGUCCCAACCCUUGUCGACCGGGUCUUAUUGGCGCCAUUGUUGGCCUUUGUCUUUGUCAGAACCUUGCUGGCGCUACUCAACAGCCCGUUUCGUGGAGUCAAUGGUGCGCCUACUGCGGGAGAUCAUAUCGUCACCAGCGCCUUUCGGGCUUUGUUCAAGGCAGCUACCAUAGGCCAGUUGCAACUCCUUAUGCCGCCGUUCGCAUCCAACUAUGAAAGAUGGUGCAAACAGCGAAAACUUCAACCCGAUAUCGUCGACAUCCCUAACAUCAACAUCAGGGGAUUCUGGAUUGGAAACCAACAGUCGGCAAAAUAUGCCAUGGUAUACUUCCACGGCGGAGCAUUCGUGAUGCCUGGCUUUGUCGGACACCUGAACAUGCUUUUUCGCUUCGUGCAAUGGUCGGACGGUGAGCUGGCCAUCUUCUGUCCGAGCUAUACCCUGGCCCCUGACGGUCUGUACCCUCUUCAGAUCAGAGAGUGUGUUGAAGCAGUUCGUUACGUCCUCUCAUUGCCAGGUCGGACAGUUCAGACGACUCUUCUCGGCGGAGACUCGUGUGGAGGGAAUUUGGUGCUUGCUGUCGUGAGCCACGUCUCCGGUCACCCGCAUCCGCGAUCUGAAGUGGUCAAACCGCUCUACCUCUCGGGGAACUUUUACGGAGUGCUGGCCAUAGGUCCUUGGGUGUCUUCUGACGAGGCGAGAUUCCAAUCGAUGACUGAAUUCGCCAAUCGAGAUACAGUCCUGACAUCUUGCUCGCACUACUGGAUCGAAGAGUACAAGGGCCAAGGCAAAGGGAGCAGCGACGAUGAAUACAUCACUCCUGAAGUAGCACCGGCGAGUUGGUGGUCGGGUGCAAAGGUGUCUUCGUGUCUGGUCACUGUAGGAGAACAUGAAACUUUGCGUGAUUCAAUACUCAGCUGGGCCGACAAGUUUGUAAAAGGGGUUGGCCGUGAUGUGACCAGGCUGGUGGUGGGGAAGAAGGAGAUACAUAUUACUCCUGUUACAAGACCGAAGCGAGCAGAAGAACUGGAGGGACUUGGCCGUGAGUGUCAGGAGGCCGCUGUGAGAGAAUGGAUCAGGGAGAAGAUUGCAAAAUAG